CGGGAACUCGGGGCCCCCGGCAGCGAGGCCGGCAAGUUGUGGAGUUGGCCUCGGGCUCGCCGGCCGGUCCUGGGUCAAGUGGCGGCCGCCGUUUGCCCUGCGAGCGGGGCACGGGUGGCUGGGUGACCAGGCAGGGGUCGUGCCCCGCUCGGCUGCCCCCUCGGCCCCAAGUCCGGGGCGCUUCUCGCCGCGCAGCUCUCGGUCCUGCUGCCCCGGGCGUCCUGGGCGGCGCCGGGCGCAGCUCCCCGCCUCUGGCCCGGGUGCCUCCCUGCUCAGAGCUCUCCGGAUUCCCGGUGGGGAAAAGUGAGUAGGAAGAAGGACAGCGCUCCCGGCUCCUGCCAGACCCCAAGGCCCGGCCCGUCAGUACUUGUCCUUCCCUUCCCCAGGGGAGUGUUUGGAUUGUGAGCUAUUUAAGAACUCUGUUCUCAGGACCCAUUAUUUUAACAUGUGGGAGAAAUACAUCCAGAAGAUGCACCCUAGACUGAAGAAGGAGCAGGGAAUCUGAAGACUCCAGAUAACAUCAGAGCUAUUUUUCAACAGCCUUCUCAGUUUCCUUUCUCAGAAAGCAGAGACUCAAACCUUAGAAACAGAUGGAUCCAAUGCAACAUUUUUAGCAGAAUGUGCUUUGUAACAAAAAGUUCAUGAAGAUCUUUUCUUCAAAGAUGGGGAACAUUUUUAAAACAGAGUGUACCCUAACCCUGAUAUUUGCAUUUAAUGAGGAAAAAGAUGAAGGAGAAACAGGAUAUUCACUAAGGAUUAUACCUGCUUGCUGCUGCAGAUCUAUGGGCUAAGGAAUUCUGCUGCUGCUUGCUUAGGAAUUGAUCAGCUCUGUCAUCAGACUGCAUUAGAGUUUGCUUGCUUUUUAUCUUUACAUUGCCAGAAGAAAUCCUGGUCGGAAUGUAACAGUUACAUCACUAAUUACUAUGGAAGGUGAUAAACUGACACUCACUUUUUAAAGUUACAUCUCAUUCACCCACAGAAAACCAUUCUUUAAAGCGAAUAGAAACCAAGCCCUUGUGAACACUUCUAUUGAACAUGACUCAUGGAGAAGAGCUUGGCUCUGAUGUGCACCAGGAUUCUAUUGUUUUAACUUACCUAGAAGGAUUACUAAUGCAUCAGGCAGCAGAGGGAUCAGGUACUGCCGUCGACAAAAAGUCUGCUGGGCGUAAUGAAGAAGAUCAGAACUUUAACAUUUCUGGUAAUGCAUUUCCCACCUGUCAAAGUAAUGGUCCAGUUCUCAAUACACAUACAUAUCAGGGAUCUGGCGUGCUGCAUCUCAAAAAAGCCAGACUAUUGCAGUCUUCUGAGGACUGGAAUGCAGCGAAGCGGAAGAGGCUGUCUGAUUCCAUCGUAAAUUUAAACGUAAAGAAGGAAGCUUUGCUAGCUGGCAUGGUCGACAGUGUGCCUAAAGGCAAACAGGAUAGCACAUUACUGGCCUCUUUGCUUCAGUCAUUCAGCUCCAGGCUGCAGACUGUUGCUCUGUCACAACAAAUUAGGCAGAGCCUCAAGGAGCAAGGAUAUGCCCUCAGUCAUGAUUCUUUAAAAGUGGAGAAAGAUUUAAGGUGCUACGGUGUUGCAUCAAGUCACUUAAAAACUUUGUUGAAGAAAAGUAAAGCUAAAGAUCAAAAGCCUGAUACCAAUCUUCCUGACGUAACUAAAAACCUCAUCAGAGAUAGGUUUGUAGAGUCACCUCACCAUGUUGGACAAAGUGGAACAAAGGUCAUGAGCGAACCCUUGUCAUGUGCUGCAAGAUUACAAGCUGUUGCAAGCAUGGUGGAAAAAAGGGCUAGUCCUGCCACUUCACCCAAACCUAGUGUUGCUUGUAGUCAAUUAGCAUUACUCCUUUCAAGCGAAGCCCAUUUACAGCAGUAUUCUCGAGAACAUGCUUUAAAAACACAAAAUGCGAAUCAAGCGGCAAGUGAAAGACUUGCUGCUAUGGCCAGAUUACAAGAAAAUGGCCAGAAGGAUGUUGGCAGUUUCCAGCUCUCAAAAGGAAUGUCAGGCCAUCUUAAUGGUCAGGCAAGAACAUCAUCAAGCAAACUAAUGGCUAGCAAAAGUGCAGCAUUUCAGAAUCCAAUGGGUAUCGUUUCUUCUUCCCCCAAAAAUGCAAGCUGUAAGAACUCACAGGAAAGAAACAACGUAAAACAAGCUGCUAAUAAUAGUUUGCUUUUACAUCUUCUUAAAAGCCAGACCAUACCUAAGCCAAUGAAUGGACACAAUCACAGUGAGAGAGGAAGCAUUUUUGAGGAUAGUAGUACACCUACAACUAUUGAUGAAUACUCAGAUAACAAUCCUAGUUUUACAGAUGAUAGCAGUGGUGAUGAAAGUUCUUACUCCAACUGUGUUCCCAUAGACUUGUCUUGCAAACACAGAAUUGAAAAACCAGAACCGGACCAGCCCGUUUCUCUGGAUAACUUAACUCAGUCCUUGCUGAACACUUGGGAUCCAAAAGUCCCCGAUGUAGAUAUCAAAGAAGAUCAACAUACCUCAAAGAAUUCUAAGCUAAAUUCACACCAGAAAGUAACACUUCUUCAGUUGCUACUUGGCCAUAAGAAUGAAGACAAUGUAGAAGGAAACAGCAGCCCUCAGGAAAUACAGAGUGAUGUGACAAAGUUUAAUACACAGACUUAUAUGAGGACUUCUGUGAUAGAAAGUCCCAGUACACAUAGGACUACUCCAGUGAGCACUCCACCAUUACUUGCAUCCACCAAAGCAGAGUCUCCCAUCAAUCUUUCCCAGCACUCUCUGGUCAUCAGAUGGAAUUCACCAUACACCUGUGGCACUCAGUCUGAAAAGCCAACAAAUAUCACAUCUAACCACUUAAUGGACCUUACGAAAAGCAAAGAAUCACAAGGAGAGAAACCAGUCCAAAAUGAAGAUGCACAAAACUCUGCAACUUUCAGUGCCAGUAAACUGUUACAAAAUUUAGCACAGUGUGGAAUGCAGUCUUCUACUUCAGGAGAAGAGCAGAGACCCAGUAAACAACUGCCAACUGUAAAUACAGAUAAACCUAUAGGUAUGAUCGAUAGAUUAAGUAGCCCUCUGCUCCCAAAUAAAACAAAUGCAGUUGAAGAAAACAAAGCAUUCAAUAGUCAAGCAACAGGUUCUGAAGCAAGACUUUCUGGUUCUGAAAUAGAAAAUCUGCUCGAAAGGCGCACUGUCCUCCAGUUGCUCCUGGGAAACCCCAACAAAGGGAAGAGUGAAAAGAAAGAGAAAAUUCCUUUAAGAGAUGAGAGUACUCAGGAACAUACAGAUAGAGCUUUAAGUGAACAAAUAUUGAUGGUAAAAAUAAAAUCUGAGCCUUGUGAUGACUUACGUGUUCAUAAUACAAGUGUGCACUUGGGCCAUGAUGCUAAGGGUGCCCCAUUCUUAGGUAUGGCUCCUCCAGUGCAAAGAAGCGCAGCUGCCUUACCAGCUUCCGAGGACUUUAAAUCGGAACCUGUUUCACCUCAGGAUUUUUCUUUCUCAAAAAAUGGUCUAUUAAGUCGAUUGCUGAGACAAAAUCAAGAGAGUCACCUGGAAGAUGAUCUGAACAACAGUCACAGAAAUAGUGAACUGACACUCCUGGAAUCAAAGAAUCUUUGUAUGGUCCCUAAAAAAAGGAAGCUUUAUACUGAGCCAUUAGAAAAUCCAUUUAAAAAGAGGAAAAGUCACAUAGUUGAUGCUGCAAACAGUCACAGUGCUUCAGAGGUACUGUAUGGGUCCUUGAUAAACCAGCAAGAGCUGAAAUUUAGCAGAAAUGAUCUUGAAUUUAAAUAUCCUGCCAGCCAUGGUUCAGCUAGUGAAAGUGAACAUAGGAAUUGGGCCAGAGAGAGCAAAAGCUUCAAUGUUCUGAAACAGCUGCUUCUCUCAGAAAACUGUGUGAGAGAUUUGUCUCAGCACAGGAGUAACUCUGUCGUCGAGAGUAAAAAGAAAGGACACAAAAAUAAUGUGCCCAGUAGCAAACCUGAAUUCAGCAUUUCUUCUUUAAAUGGACUGAUGUACAGUUCCACUCAGCCCAACAGUUGCAUGGAUAACAGGACAUUUCCAUACCCAGCAGUAAAAACUCCCGCGAGUCCUCCUUUUCCUGAGCACUUGGGUAGUGUAGUUUCUAGAUCAGAAUCUGGGCUUCUGAAUGGAUGUUCCAUGCCCAGUGAGAAGGGACCUAUUAAGUGGGUUAUCACAGAUGUGGAUAAGAAUGAGUAUGAAAAAGAUUCUCCAAGACUGACCAAAACUAACCCGAUACUGUAUUACAUGCUCCAGAAAGGAGGCAAUUCUGUUACCAGUCGAGAAACACAGGAUAAGGACAUUUGGAGGGAGCCUUCAUCUGCUGAAAGUGUCUCACAGGUUACAAUCAAAGAAGAGUUACUUCCUGCUGUAGAAACUAAAGCUUCUUUCUUUAAUUUAAGAAGCCCUUAUAAUAGCCAUAUGGGAAAUAAUGCCUCUUGCCCACACAGUGCAAAUGGAGAAGUUUAUGGACUUGUGGGAAAUGUGCUAACAAUAAAAAAGGAAUCAGAAUAAAAUAUACCUGCCAUUCAGCUUUGAUCUUUUUAAAACUAAUUAGUAUGAACUUGAGAUCUGUAUAAAUAAGAGCAUGAUUUGAGAAAAGCAUGGUAUAAUUGAAACUUUUUUCAUUUUGAAAAGUAUUGGUUACUGGUGAUGUUUAAAUAUGCAUACUACUUUUUGCUUUACGUUAGAUGUCAUGAGGAAACUACUGAACUAGCAACUGGUUGUUUAACACUUCUGUAUGCAUCAGACAACUGUGAGUAGCCUAUGAAUGAAAUUCUUUAUAAACACAGAUAAUAGGCAUAAAUUAAAAUGUAAAUUUCCAUCCAUAGUGGAUUAAUGCAUUUUGCUGCCUUUAUUAGGGUAAUUUAUUUUGCUUUUCAGAAGUCAGCCUAUGUAACACAUUUUUUUAAAGUCCAAAUUGUUAAAUAACUCUUUAAAGGGUAAUUUAUGAAUAAAGGUCCUAGUGCCGAUUCAUUUUUCAUUAUCCAAUUCAAAAAUAAAUUAGAAAAAAAUAUGCUUACAUUUUUCACUUUUGCUAAAAAGCAUAUUUAUUUUUAACUCUUGGAAAGGGUUUUGUGGUUCCCAAUGUGUCCGUUCCACCCCAGUCCUUUUCAAUAUCUUUCAUUAAACCUUGUACUACUUAGUAAAAAUUGAUUACAAUUGACGGACAUUUGAUAGACCCUUAAAAAAAAAGGUAGAUUUCCAUUUUUGUAUUGUAACUACUUUGUUAAAUUAAUAUUCCUCCUUUUACAGAAUUAGGAAAGUUAACAUUUAUCUUCAGAUGGUUUCCUGAAUAGUCGAAUACUUAAGUUGUUUUUAACAGAAGCAAAAUGGCUUUUCUUUGGACAGUUUUCACCAUCUCUUGUAAGUUAUUUCUCACCUUUACUGUGGUACCUAUGAGUCUCAUGACCAGGCUUUCUUAAAGCUGGACUCAGACCACAUGUAUUAGAAACAUCUGGAGCACUUGUUUUAAAAUGCAGAUUCCUAGGCAGCAUCUCAGCUCUACAGAGAAGAAUCUCUGCAAAGUGGACCUGGGAAUCUUCCAUCUGCAUCUUAACACAUUUAAUAAGAAACUCCCUAGGUGUUCCUUCUACACACUGAAGUUUCGGAACUAUCGCUUAUAACUUUUCUCAGAACACAGGACUGUAAAAAAACUAUUUGAUGCCUAUAUUUUCCCCAAUACAGCCACACAUCAACUAAAUAUUUGCAAUAUUGUAGUUCAUAUAUUACCGUUAUAUCUUUGGAUAUCAGGUUCAGAACACUUUUUAUGACAAAAAAAUUGGGUGAAGGGGACAACUUUCAUAUCUGGCUCAACAUCUCAGGAAAAUCUGUGAUUAUUAUGUGUUCUAAUGAGUAACAUCUACUUAAUUAGCCUUAGGGAUGGAAAAACAGGGCCACUUAUCAAACUCAGGUGAUUCCAGGGUGGUUUGGAAACUUCUCCUGAAUACAUCCUUAACUUCUUUUAAAAUCAUUGUCCUAAUAACAGUGCUGAAAAGAUGAAAACAUUUAUUUCAAACUCAAGAAAGGCACUAAACUCAGAUCAACUAAACAGAAAAGUUCAAAGGGUACAUAUACGUGACAGUAUAAUUGUACGCAGUCACUUCAUUGAUCUAGUAUUUUAAAAUAGUGGUUAAAAGUAAACAUUGAUGUUGUCUUGGAAGAACUUAACAUAUUAUUGAGCCACAUGUGGUUCCAAUCUGGAAAUAAAGUCCGUGUUUUUAAGUUUAGUUUUUGUAAUCCACAAUUCAUUCUCCGGAUAUUUUUGUUUUUAAUCAUGAACCAGAUUGGCAACUGACCUAUCGAAAAUUGUUAUAUAAUCAACUAUUAGAAGGAAAUCUAUUUGAAGUUGUUCUACUCAAAGUUAUUUUUAAAAUUUUUAUAUUAAAAAUGGGUGUUAUUUCCUAAUAUGACCUAAAAACUAUAUUUUUUUUCUCAAAAUGAUUUGUUAAUAGUUAUUGGAUAUAUCAUAAAAUAAUAGGAGUGAAUAUUAUGCUAUAUCAUGGAGAGAUGACGGCAUAUGCUUAUUCUGAAAUGAAAAUUCUACUGACCAGUAAAUAUAUUCUACUCCAUCCUAUAUUUACUCUGUGACAAUCUUAUUGUCUACACUCUAUAAAUAAGGUUUUAAACAAGUCAUUUCUGCCAUUGUGAAAAAUCUGGAGCCUUUGAGGUAUACUACAAAAAAUGAGCUUUUACAAAUUAGGUCAGGGAAAGGAACAUCAAGGGCCAGCAUUGUUUUUGUUUUGUUUUGUUUUGUUGAGGGUUUUUUUGCUUGUUUCUUUGGUUGGUUGGUUGGUUGUUUUUGUUGUUAACUGUUAAAGGAAUGAGGGUAUAUAAUACAUACAUAAAUAUGACCACACGCAAUGUUAUUCUGAUUUACUAGAACAUGUCCACAGCUUGAGUUUAGGAUGAUUUUGAAGAAGAGCAGUGAGAAAGGACAUACAUCCAUAAAUUCACUUUGUUUAAUGCAUAUGUAGAUAAAAGGAUGCAUAUAUACCCAUUUUCAAGGACUAUUUUAGAUAUCUGGACAUUCUCUUCCUAAUGAAGUCAUUUGUGAAAGGGUACUGCAGCUCUCAUUGACAUCGGUAAGGUAGCGUUACCUCUUUAUUCUCUGCUGCAUCUUACAGAAGAGUAAACUGGUGAGAGUAUAUAUUUUAUAUAUAUAUAUAUAGACUUGUUACAUGAAGAUGUUAAAAUCAGUUUUUAAAGGUGAUGUAAAUAGUGAUUUCUUUAAUGAAAAAUACAUAUUUUGUAUUGUUCCAAUGCAACAGAAAAGCCUUUUAAUCUCUUUGGUUUCUGUAUAUUCCAUGUAUAAGUGUAAAUAUAAUCAGACAGGUUUAAAAAUUGUGCAUGUAUACAGUUGCAAGUCUGGACAAAUGUAUAGAAUAAACCUUUUAUUUAAGUUGUGAUUACCUGCUGCAUGAAAAGUGCAUGGGGGACCCUGUGCAUCUGUGCAUUUGGCAAACUGUCUUAAGUCAAAUCGGAUGUUCAUCCCAACAUGACAGUAUUCCAUUCCUGGACAUGACUUCCGUGGUUUAAGCUUUGUGAAAGGAUGUGCUUUGAGUCCAAGGGUCUUAAAACUUUUUAAAAUCAAGUCAACCACUUUUCGACAUAAAGAGUUCACACAACUACUUUCAUGAAUUUUUUAAUCCCAUUGGAAACAAUAUAACAGGAGUAUUCCAGCAUACUGGAAUACAGGCACAUUACCAUUCAUGGUAUGAAUUCUGGGGUUUACACAACCAAUUUUGAUGUGAUAUCAGUAAUAUAAUUUGUCAUUUUUAUUAGAAACUUAAUUUCUUCAUGUGAUGUCAUGAAACUGUACAUACUGCAGUGUGAAUUUUUUUUGUCUUUUUUUUUAAUCUUUUAGUGUUUACUUCCUGCAGUGAAUUUGAAUAAAUGAGAAAAAUGCAUUAUCUCUGGUUUGAAAUGACUGUUAUUUUUUGGGUUUCUCUGGCUUUUAGGUUUUUUAUAAACAUAAAAGUCUCUAGUCAUGAAAAUAGCAAUAAAUUUCCAAGAUUACUUUGCCCUUCUCAGAAACAUGAACAAAACAAAACCAAAAAAAAAAAAGGCCAGCAAGUUAGUGUAUUUAGAGACAGGGCAAUUGAGCAUA